AUAACUGAAAGUAACUAGUUUGAGUUAGUUUUACACUGAAUAGUGUUAUCAGAGUCGAUCUAAUAAUCCUCUUGUCUUAUCUAUUGUUUCGUCUAAUUCUAACAAUCUUAAUACUACACCAUCAGUCUUGUACAAUACACAGAAAAAACUAAGUGAUGUCAUCUAUGCUGAGGUACUACUAGUUAAGAUUAAAUUUUUGAAUUUUUCGACAAUUUAUAUUUUUGUCUACAAAACAAGACAAUAUCAUUUAAACAACAAAAAAAGCGAAAUUGAAAAUUGAAUGAAAAAAGACAGUUGAAAUGGACUUUAACAUUGAAAAUGUACAAUAUUCAUAUUAUUAAAAAAAACUGAUUGAUAGUUAACAAGAGGAAAGAGAACAGAAAACAAAAAUUGUAUAUUGAGUAUACUUGGAAAAAAAUUUUGAGUUACAUUGAAGUAUUGAUAAUUAUUCGCAAAACUUUUUGACCAUUUCAUUGGGAUUUCAUUGAAUUCAUCACCUAAAGUGAUUUCAUAACAUACACAAUGUUUCCUAUGACAGCAUUUCCAUUGAAUCCAGUUAACUGUGGACGACCAUCAACAGAUUUAAUAUGGCCUAAUCCGGGUUCACUUCAAAGUAUUGGAUCUGGGUUGAACUGUGAUUCACUAGCGUAUAGUAAUCAUAAUUCUUCAUCUUUAAAUCAUAGUUCAGUAAAUAAUUCAUCCGGAAUAUUUAAUGGAGCUUCAAAUUUUCUUUCAAGAUCUGGCUAUAAUUGUGGCCUUAAUCAAACCUAUCGAAUACAACAGCAUCAUAAUCAGACAAAUUAUCUUAGUGAAGAAGUUUUGAGUCAAUGUGGAGAUAACAGUAUUGUUGGCAUGACUAAUAUCAAUGCUCACAAUAGUAUAGAUUCACAUUCAGCCAGUGAAAAAUCUCAGUUAAACAUAGUUAACAAAUUAUCAGAAACAGAGGUGAUUGAAAAAUCUGACUGUCUGUCACAAUCAUGUAAAUUUCCUUCAGUGUUAUCUGUUACAGAGAAGAAUGAAAUUCAGAGCAUUACAAAUCAUGAAAAUUGGUCUCGUGAUCAUAGAAAAAGACAUAAAAAAUCAAAAAGUCAUUCCGUUAAUCCUACAGAAAAUAAUUUGAUAAGAAAUAAAUCGAAUGUAGAAUGUGUACCGUCUGCAAAGGCAUCACCACAUUCAUUAUACAUGGAUAAACCAGUUGAAAGUGAUGUCUAUCAUAAAUUAAGUGAACUUCCUAGUGAUAUGAAAACAACAGUAACUGGAAUGUCAAUUGGGGUCACUGUGGCAUCAGAACAAGAGAAAGAUAUAUUAAACAAGAUGAGUUCUUCACAUUCGUCGGUAUCAUGUACAAAUUCACUCUCAAAGAUAAGAUCAUCUGAUAUCAAAGAAGUGUCUAACAGCUUUGCAAAUGUUGAUGAUACUGGUCAGGAAGCAAUGAAUUAUCCAUUCAGUAUGUUUUCAGCCAGAGGUGAUGCUUCCUCCAAUUCUAUAUCAACAAGAGAUUAUAAUAACCGUUAUAGUUCUACAUCACUUAGACAAUAUGAUCCUUGUCAACCAGCUUCACGUCAUGAUGAUCAGUGUCAGCAACAACUAACAACAAAUAAUAGUAUUAAGCAGUCAUUGAACAAUAUUAUCAAUAUGAAUUACUCAUCACGGCUUAAUCAUACUGAGUAUGCCAAUAAUUCAGUGGUAGAGGAACAAACCUAUAAAGGAAGAAUGCCUUCAAGCAAUCAUGAUGCAGGUGGUGUUUCUGCGAAUAGUGCGACUAGUAUAGAUAGACAAGUGAAUGAUCAUUCAACGCAUACACAUACAGAAUCUGAAUCAGAUGUAUGGAAUACAUCUAUGCAUUCACAGUAUCCACAGAAUAUUCUACCACAGCAUUUAGCAUCAUUCUAUUCAAGUUGUUCUAAUGAACUUGCUUUAAGACAGAGUCUAUUGUUAAAUACACAUCAUAAUAACAAUAUGGAGACAACAAAUUAUUCAAUUUAUCAUCAGUCAGAAUCUGGGCGGCAUACAUCAACAUCGUCUUCAUCACCACCGUUGUCAACACUACAGACUAGUGUGGAGCAUAACUCUUCUUCUGCUAUGGUUCCCAGUGAAAUAGAAUUUCUAAAUAAUUUCAAUAAAUUGUCCUCUGAUGAAGUCAAAUUUACUGGAAACAAUAAUAAUCACAAUAGUGAAGCAAAUGAGUCAAAGAUCGGUUCAAAAUUCCUCAAUACAAUACAACCUCAACAACAAUCAAGACGGAUGAUGAAUGAUCCAUUAUUACAGAAUAGCCUAGAUGUAUGCAAACUAUCAUAUCAGCAUCAGCCUCAGCACCAUGAACAACAACAACAACAGCAGCAACAACAACAACAAAGACAAGAAGGUCAAAUGAUUGAUGAUAUAAGCGCAGCUUAUCAUUCAGCUGCAGCCAUGGCAGCAGCAGCUGUCGUUGCACAAGCUGCUGUAGCCAGUGCAAAUGUGACAGGUCAUCAAAAUCAACAGCAUCAAAGUAAUCAUUCUCAUCAACACUCCCUUUCCCAUCAUCAUCACCACCACCAACAGCAACACCAUCAUCAUCAACACUUACAAUCACAAUCCCAACAACAAUCACAGUUCACUGAAAAUGAACAUUCCAUAAUGCAUCCACAUAUAGAACACUAUGGUAUGACUUCAACUAACAAUAGUAAUGGUAACAAUGGAUUACAUCAAUCACAAUAUAAUAUAAUGAAUCAAAGUCUUGGAUUAUUUCCUCUUGUAAAUAAUCCUAAUUCAAUGAAUAACUCACAUAAUAUGAAUAAAACAAUGAAGAAUAAAAAGCUUACAGUUACAGAGGGAAGAGAAUGCGUAAACUGUGGUGCUACAAGUACCCCAUUAUGGAGAAGAGAUGGUCAAGGCAAUUACCUAUGUAAUGCUUGUGGAUUAUAUCAGAAGAUGAAUGGUCAAAAUCGUCCAUUGAUCAAGCCUAAACGGAGACUGCAAUCGUCGAGUAGACGAACUGGUACUAUAUGUUCUAAUUGUCGUACAAUAACAACAACAUUAUGGCGUCGAAAUACUAACGGUGAACCAGUCUGCAAUGCAUGCGGACUGUAUUUCAAGUUACACAAUAUUCAAAGACCAAUAUCAAUGAAAAAGGACGGAAUUCAAACACGCAAUCGUAAAGUUUCACAAAAGACAAAAAAGCAUAAAUUCGGUUUCUAUUCCGAUUUAUCUGAUCUACCUGUUGACUAUUUAAUGAAGAGUCCUUUACAUCGAUUCGGUGCAGCUGCUGCGGCUGCCGCUGCAGCAAAUCAUUUUGCAUGUACUACUCGUGGUCUACAAACAAUGACACCGAAUUCCCCAAACUCCAUGUGUAACCCAUACUUAACUGGCUAUUUCACAGAUAACAGUAACACCAAUGGUAAUAUUUUGAAUGGAAUUAAGCAUAAAGAUAUAUCAAGAACUGAGGUAGACAGCUCUGAUGAAGCUGGUAAUUUUACCGAUGUUACAAAAGCUUUUCAUGCUACAUUUGGCGGAUUAACAAACAACAUUGGUGAUGAUAUCAAACAUUCAAGCUUGUUAAAUAAUUCUUUCCAACUUCAUUCACCUUAUCAUGCACAAAUGCAUUCUCAUCAUUUAGAACAACAAUACUUUUUAAAACAACAAACCCAACAAAUGAAUUCCCACAAUUUCACAAGUGAUCCUUACACCCAGCAAACAUCAUCUUCAUUAAACAAUCAAAUGAAUGAAAAGUAUUCAAGGUAUCAAAAAUCUAGUCAUGGUACAUCUGGACUAAUGUUUAAUCAUUCUUCUAGUGAUGAGCAAAGUAACACUAUUACUACUACUAACAACAACAACACUAAUGCAGAAUGUGUGCCGCUAACAGUAAAAACAUCCAAUAUAGUUCAUCAUUCACCUAAUGAUAACUUGAUACAAUGGCAUUCACACUUAAGAUCUACACCGAAUCUACUGGAUGGCAGUUCGACAAUUUUUAAUUCAACCUCUUUAUACAAUCAUCAACAGAUGACACGAAUGGGAUGUAGCAGUAGUAGUAGUAGCAGUGGUGGCGGUGGUGGUGGAAGUAUUUCACAUUCAUACUUUAAUCAAUCUGACAAACAUGAAUCUGAUCAAACUGAUAACAAUCUAUCUGAUACCAUUAAUCACUCCAGACUGAUAUCAUCAGAACGACAAACUAAUGGAAUCGAUUUAUUAAAUCGUCAUGAAAUAAAAGUUUGUUCUGAUCCAUUGGCACCAAAUUCACCAAAUCCAAGAGUAAGUAUUGAAAGUGGAUCUUAUCCUGGGAAUUAUCCUCAGAAUCAAACGUUGGAUUCGAUAAAGCAGCAGCAACAACAAAAAAACCAUCAGCAACACCAUUCAACAACUCAUUGUGAAUUAGGAGCAUUCCCUUGACAUUCAUUCUUCUUCUGAUAAUUUAGUUGUGAUAUUUGCACAUAAUUAAAAAAAAUAUGGAAAUAAAUGAUCUCCCUUUAAGUUAACGUACUUGUGUACAAUGUUGAUUUAACAGUAUACAAUAGUUUGCAGUGCUAAAAAGCAAAAACUCAUCAGAUCCAUGAAAAUGAUUAUUUUUUAAGCUUAUCAAAUUACAACUAACUUCAAGUACAAAGCAGCAUGAAGAGAAUUUUUUAAAAGACUCACUUUGUUUUUAUUUCUGGCAAAAAACACUAUCCCUGUAAAAGAGCAUCAAACCUUUGGCGCAGAAUAAACCUUUAUUCAUCACCGAAUGUCGAAGAUUUGGAAAUCAAAAUGGUAAAAAUACUUACGAAAUGAGAGGCAGAUUUCUAGGGUGGAUUGAAAAAGUAUAGUAAUAAUGAUAAGUUUUUUCCCCCUAUUUUUAUUGAAAACAUAACUUAUUUGAUGACCACUGCCUUGCAUUUUAUUAUUCUAUUUAACGAAUUAAUAAACUUAAUCAAGGCGUGUCGCCAAAAUUCAAAUCAAUCCCAUUUCGGCAAAAAAUAGCUAGUAAAACAAAUGGCCAAAUGAAAGUUUAUUGUACACAUAUAUGUGCGAGAGAGAGAGAGACAGGGAGGCGAAUGGUCAACUCCACGCAAAUGAAGACUUACAUUUAUCAUCAACCUUCUUUCAGAGGACAAUGGACUACUCAUAUGAAUUCCCAUUUUUUUUAAGAGACACAUUUAUGAACACUUUAUUCAUAUUACAAAAUUGGAUUCCUUUUUGUUCAUGGGAAACAACUCCUUACUUUCAAAACUAUAAUUUUCCAAUUGAUUACCAUGAGAAAAAUCAGUUAAAGAACAUGAUUCUUAAGUAUAAUUUUAUUUUAUUGUUGUCGAAAUAUAAUUUAGUAACUACUCUCUUAGUUACUAUAUACUCAGUUAAAUACUACUAAUUUCAUUUGAAAGUAGUAUAAUCAUAUGGUCUAGAUUAAUGGCUGCGUUAUUCAAACAAGUGAUAUCUACCAAUAUUAUAACUCAGUUAUAAAGUUUUGUUUUAUCACACUGUGUAUAUAAAAAUACUUAUUCUUCAUAUAUACAUUUAUUUUUAAUUUUUAACAUAUCUUCAGCGUCUGUAUAGUCGUCUCAACGUUUUCACCACUAGUUCUUAUGGUUAGCUAAAAGUUUCUUCCCAUACUAAUAAACAAUCGCUUGAACCAUAAUUAUCAUUCGUAUGAUGACAACUUCAGUUGAUGUCCUCAAUGAGAAGAGACUCUUACUGUUAUUGUUACUAUUAUUACUAUUAUUAAUUACUAUGUGAUGCAGUUGUGUUAUCAUUUAAAAAAAUUACACAAUAAACAAUAGGUAUCUACGUUU